GCGUUGGCAUAGGCGUGAGAAUGUAAACAAAACAUUGUAGAAGAUGGAGCUGAUUGGGAAAAUAAGCGUCUUUUCGGUGCAUGCAAAAACUUUUUGACAUCUUUGUUGACGGACACGGUGAAACGGAGACACUGAACCAGUAUGAGAAAGCAUGGAGAGCACAUUUUUUUGUUGUGCUUACAAAAACUUCUUGCAAGCCGCAUUGUGUCUCAUGUUGAGUUAUCAGUUCUAAACAAGAGGUACUGUAGUACUUUCUGUAAACCAAGCAGUCAUAGAGCAGUAGCAGCAGACGCAAAUCACUCCGAGGAACCAGCUGAUGUAUCAAGGAGACUGAAGGCAGCAGAAAAAUGUCAUUCCAGCAAGUCAGGUGGAUUAGUAAGAGAACCAGAAAUACUGCAAGAAACACUAGGAAACUCUGAAAGCACCAUUCAGCUAAAGAGCUUAGACUUAGCAUUGUCAGAAUGUCUGGAAGAGAAUGACAAUAAUUUGAACUUGUUUAACAGAACUCAGUAUUCUAUUGUAAAUAAAGAUGGGCUUAAUAAUGACAAAAAUGAUAAGUUACAUUACACUGGGAAAAUUAGAAGUGUUUCAUCAGAAAUAGCUUACACCUCCAAGUGCAAAAAUAUUAAAAAAAGGAUCAAAGUUAAAAAUGUGGAUUCAGAUGCGCUUUUGGUUUGGGGCAAAGACUCUCAUCCAGGUGAUGCCUAUAGUACAGAAUCUGCUGCAAUUCAUCCAGCAGCAAACUCAUAUCAAGAAACAAGUACCACAGUGCCGCAGAAAAGAAUUUCGAGAUAUAGUUUCAAACAUGUUGCAAAGAACGUGAAAAUUGCUCAUAAACUAUACAAAAAUGAGGGAAAUAAGUGUAAAGGUAUUACUCAUGGGCAACGAGAGACAGAAAUAGGUAACACGAACACUACCAAAUUAAAGAAGACAAUUUCAAAAAGGAGCACAACCACUAGUAAACGUUUCAAUGAUGUAAAUAUAGAAAUGUUACCACAAGCAAUAGGUGAACAUCUGUUUGGAGCCAAACUAAACAGUAAUAAACCAACACCUGAGCAAGUGGAAUUAUCUAGAAACGAACUUCAGAAACAUAACUUACUGAAACUUAACUCGGGAGAGAAUGCAGUUGCCGUAAUGAAUGACAAAGGUGGAGAAGUUUUUGAAGAACUGGAACUAAAUAACUCUGUUUUGUCUAAUGACACUGACAAGUUGCCAAAAUCAGUCAUUAGUGAUAUGGAAGGGAAUAUGGGGAGAGAGAGAGAGAAAGCGUGUGACACCACACCGCCCGGUAUAGAAUCUUUGAAGCUGCCACCAUUGCUUGGCAAAGACAUUGAGGAACAUUUCUGGACGCUAGGUGAACAGCAAGCUGCACCAUAUCGGUCAUUACUACUGAAGCUUGUGGAGGCAGCAAAACUGCUACCUCGAAAGCCACAGCCUUCCCAAUGGCAGCUGCGAGCUGGAUGGACUUGCUAUGGCCCAGAUGGGAGAGCCACACCUGUUGACUACCCCCCAGAAGAUGCACUAGUGUUUGAUGUUGAAGUAUGCUGUGAGGAAGGCGUGGUGCCAACUUUAGCUGUUGCUGCUGCUCCUGAAUCUCAGUCCUGGUAUGGUUGGGUGUCCCAGUCACUGGCAGAGGGCACUCAUGGUUUUAAAGGGGCUGGAAUGCGAGUGUCGCCUGAUGAUAUGAUUCCUCUGGACUCUCGAACUCGUAGGAUUCAGGGAAACAAACAAGGCAAACAGUGCCCUCGGGUAGUUGUUGCACACCACGCGGCCUUUGAUAGAGCUCGUGUGAGGGAACAGUACAGCUUCCGUGACACUGGCCUACGCUUUGUCGACACACUUUCUCUGCACGUGUGUGUCAGCAGUGUGACAGAUGAGCAGCGCAUGCAGCUGCGGGCUGGCUUGGCAGAACAUGAGCCAUGGAGCCAGGUAGGAUCCCUCAAUGCAUUGCAAGACAUCGCCCAGCUCUACUGUCCCGACAAGCCGCCACCAGAGAAGAGCCUGAGGGACGUGUUUGUGAAGGGUUCCUUGGAUGAUAUUCGGAAGCAGUUUCCACAGCUCAUGGAUUACUGUGCAGGUGAUGUGUUUGCCACUUUGUCAGUACUGGAACAACUUCUACCACUCUUCUUUGAAAGAUUUCCUCACCCAGUUACCCUUGCUGGCAUGCUGGAACUGGGCACAGCUUUUUUACCUGUUGAUGACUCAUGGAAUCGUUACAUCAUGGAAGCUGAUGCAACUUUUGAAGAAUUGGAUUCUGAGAUUCAGUUCUUACUUGCAAAGUGCGCCAACACUGCAUGUGAACUCAUGCACAAUGAUGCAUAUCAGAGUGACACCUGGAUGUGGGAUCAGGACUGGUCACUGCAAGAGCUCAAGUUGAAACAGCAAACAAAGAAGUCUCGAAAGAGUAGGGAGAAUGAAACACCUGUGCAGCAAGAUGAUGAUAUGAGGACACCAGAAUUACAGAAAGAGAAGGCACAGCAGAGCAAUAGUGGAGAGGGAGAGAAGGAAGAAGAGGAGGAGAGCUUUAUUGUUAGGUUUGAAAGGCUGGCUAAGGAAACGGCAGCGAGGCUUCCCGCCCGUCCACCGCACAUGCCCGGGUAUCCCGCCUGGUACCGGAAGCUCUGCUCCCGCAACAUGGAUUCUGAAGACUGGAGCCCAGGACCCCAGCUCCUCACCACCGGGAUGCAGAUCACACCAAAACUCUUACGGCUGAGUUGGGAGGGAUACCCUCUUCACUUUCUGAGAGGAUAUGGUUGGGGCUUCCUCCUGCCUCAAGCAGACCAUACGUCAAAACCCGAAGACGUGCCUGUCCCAAUGAAAGAAGAUGAAAGUGAAGAAACUGAGCACUCUGCAGUAUGUAAAGGGCACGAAGAUGGCAAAAGUUGUCCACCAGAAUCGUAUCACGGCACUGGAGUGUGGACAGGGAUUGAAGUGGAAGGACACUGGUUUAUGAAGUUGCCUCACAAAGAUGGAGCAUCAGCACGUGUUGGCAAUCCUUUGUCACGGGACUUCAUGGGGAAAUUUGCAGAACACGUCCUGACUGGUGACUGGAAAGGUGCCCAGCGUGUCCUAGAAGUGGGCCGAAUGCUCACCUACUGGCGUAAUAACCGCGACCGCGUGCUGGGCCAAAUUGUCACCUGGCAUUCUCCCGACAGAGGUGUUCUCCUUCCACAGGUGAUAGUAUGUGGAACACUUACUCGGCGUGCAGUGGAGCCAACAUGGAUGACUGCGUCAAAUGCAAGGAGCGAUCGUGUGGGCUCAGAACUGAGAGCAAUGGUACGAGCUCCGCCAGGCUACUGCAUCGUUGGUGCAGAUGUGGAUUCUCAGGAGUUGUGGAUAGCCGCGCUGCUGGGAGACGCUGCUCAGACACGAAUACAUGGUGGAACACCACUUGGCUGGAUGACAUUAGCCGGGAAAAAGAAAGAUGGCACAGAUAUGCACAGUGUCACAGCCAAGGCAGCUGGCAUAACACGUGAUCAGGCCAAGGUUUUGAACUACGCACGGAUAUACGGUGCAGGCUCUGCUUUUGCCGAGCGUGUGUUGCAGCAAUUCAAUCCAGGUAUUUCAGAGAGUGAGGCUCGUUCUUCUGCAAGGCGCAUGUUUAGUCUUACCAAGGGUCGUCGGCUAUUCAGACCGCUGGAAUCUUUAGUUGAUAUCUUGGGAGAGAAACCCGUGUCCAAGACUGAAGCUCUUCGGUGUGCACGAAGGAUGGGAAAACCUGUCAGUGAACUUUUUCACCCACCUCAGUGGGAAGGAGGCACUGAAUCAGCCAUGUUCAAUCGCCUGGAGGAGAUUGCUUGCAGUGCGGAGCCACGAACCCCUUUUCUCAGCGGCCGCCUGACACGUGCUCUCGAGGACAAUGAUGACAGGACACUGCCAACAAGAGUCAACUGGGUUGUGCAGAGUGGGGCCGUCGACUUCCUCCACCUGCUGCUUGUUUCUCUUCGCUGGCUUCUGCCACUGAGUGCUCGCUUCUGUCUGAGCUUCCAUGAUGAGGUGCGUUACCUUGUCCCUGAAAGAGACAAAUAUCGUGCUGCAACAGCAAUGCACAUUUCCAACCUAAUGGCGCGUGCUUUCUGCAGCAGCCGUGUGGGCAUGUAUGACCUGCCCCUGUCUGUUGCAUUCUUCUCAUCAGUCGAAGUUGACAGAGUACUUCGCAAGGAAGCAAGUGAUGACUGUGUCACACCGUCCAAUCCUCACGGGCUGAGUCGAGGAUAUGGCAUCCCACCGGGGGAGUCACUGGAUUUAAUAACUGCUCUUCAAUUGUGCAAUUAUAAACCGUGGACAGGUCUGUCUUGUGUAAGUAAAUCGGACCAUAACACGAAGCGCAAGAAGAGAGAAGGGGAUGAAACUCAAACUGUUUGACAAAGAAGACUCUCAUAGAUGGAAAGAGGAUGGAAUGUUACAAAUACAUUUAUCUGGAUGAAUUUUCUAUUUAUCUUUGUCCCUUAUGGAAAGACACUGCAGUUUAUUAUACAUUUUUGAAAAAUAUGAUUGGAAGAAAAUAUGA